UCAUUUACACACACCAGAAUCUACAUUUGACUUAGACUACCACUUUCUACUUUUUAUCAUUGCUUAACUGCAAAAUGCAGACGGUCCCUGCAGCGGACGUGACGGUUGAACUGGACGCACUAAUACAGUCUGUUGAACUUGACCCGUGCGGUACGAGUCGUGCCACUAAAAGCUUCACGUUUUGAUAACACAAGUAGCUAGGCUAGCUAAUAUCUCCGUUACAAACUAACAGCGCUGCAUGACACAGGCUACAGCCGUUAAAUAGGUCUGUGUGUCAGCACGGCUCGGUCCGUAUAUUUCCGGGUGGUACGAGGCUGCUCCUGUAACGUUCCAUCCCGGCUAUCCUCUGUUGGUUCAGCCUCCCUCGUCCAUCCUCCAUCCUCCAUCCUCCAUCCGGCCACAACAACAGCUACCGGAGGCCGGGACACAAACAAAACCAGCCGAACGGUUAUUAACCGAGACAGUUGUAUAAUUGAUGACUUAUAGCUGAAAGCCAAAGCGAGGGAAGCAGUACGGCCAGGAGUUAUGGCUGCGUCGCUUCUCUUCGAGACCGACAUCAGACACCGGUCCAUGGCGGAAGAGGAUCCGAACGGGAAUGAGCACGGGGCGGCUGCACGCAGCGCGGCGCCUCGCUGGGGACCGCAGCACGCCGGGGCCCGACAACUCGCAAGGCUCUACUCUCCCGGAAAGCGGCUUCAGGAGUGGGUGUGUGUGAUUCUCUGCUUCUUCCUUUUCAUCAUCAACUUCUCCUUCCUCAUCCUGCACUUCUCCGCCGUGCACAUCUACAAGAUCAUCCUCGGCAUCGUCCUGGGAAUAGUGACGGCAGACUUUGCAUCGGGGAUGGUGCACUGGGGGGCGGAUACCUGGGGAUCUGUGGACAUCCCUGUUAUUGGCAAGGCAUUUAUUCGUCCAUUCAGGGAGCACCACAUUGAUCCAACCGCCAUCACUCGCCACGACUUCAUUGAAACCAAUGGCGACAACUGUAUGAUACCCAUCCUUCCACUGGCUCACAUGGCCUACAAGUUCCUCACACACACACCAGAGGCCUUGAUGGCGUCCUAUCCGUGGGACUGCUACGUCUUUGCCCUGGCGGUUUUUGUGACGCUGACCAAUCAGAUUCACAAGUGGAGCCACUCCUACUUCGGCCUCCCGUGCUGGGUCACACUGCUCCAGGACUGGCAUCUGGUGUUGCCACGGAAACAUCACCGCAUCCACCAUGUUUCUCCGCACGAGACAUACUACUGCAUUACUACAGGUUGGUGUAACUAUCCUCUGGACCAGCUGGGCUUUUGGAGACGAAUGGAAGAAUUGAUCCAACGACUUACAGGGCAGAAACCACGAUCUGAUGACCUGGCGUGGGCCAAGAAGACCGACAGAUGAACACUCAAAAACACGGACGGAUGGAUGGAUGGAUGGAUGGACGGAUGGAUGGAAGGAUAGACGGAUGGGCUUGCGAAUGCAAACUCAGAAACAGGGACGGAUGGGGAAAAACACGCUCUCAGAAUAGAGCUUUCUGCUUUCUAUGUAAUACAAACAUUACAUGCAUGUGUGGUUACACACAUACACACACACUCUGUCUCUCAUGUCGCUUCUGGCUUUUUUUUGCUAAAGAGCAAACAUUCAAAGAAGCUGUUUGGGGAAAAAGCGUCUACCAAGCUUUAAACGUGCGAGGUGAAAACAUUACCAGAUCAGAACCUAACUCUGCCGUAAUAGCCAAUCAGAUUGUAGUCCUGUUUAACCAAUGAGGUGUCGUGGUAUGUAGGUGUAACAGGUUUCUGGAGGUUGGGCUCUCCAGGAGGGACACCACGCUACCUGUUGAAGGCAGCUUCUUACACCACACACACAUACACACAUGCACACGUGCACACAAACUAGCAUGAAAGUUACACGUUCAGUCACUAUCUCUCCUGAUUUCUUCUUGUCUGUUUUUUUUUUUCUUCAAGCCAAUCCUAGAAACAUCAACACCCUCUGUAAAUGGUCAUGACUGUUUCCUCACACAGAAAUGUGAAAAUGUGAAUGUGUGCUUUAGAUAAAACAUUCAGACCUGUGCUUGAUUAUCUCCACAUGCAAGACAACGUUUGGAGGACAAACAUGUAAAAAAAA